AUGGACGCCUCAACUGCGGGCAACAAGGAGCGGGAGGCCGCGCAGCUCCUGGCCGAGGCCGAGAAGCGGGUCAAAUCCUCCCAGUCUUUCCUCCGGGGGUUCUUCGGAGGAAAUACAAAGCUUGAAGAAGCAUGUGAAAUGUACACAAGAGCUGCAAAUAUGUUCAAGAUAGCCAAGAACUGGAGUGCUGCAGGGAAUGCCUUUUGUCAAGCAGCAAAACUCCACAUGCAGCUGCAGAGUAAACACGAUUCAGCCACCUGUUUCGUUGAUGCGGGGAACGCUUACAAAAAGGCAGAUCCUCAAGAGGCUAUCAACUGCUUAAAUGCUGCCAUCGAUAUUUAUACAGACAUGGGCCGAUUUACUAUUGCUGCCAAGCAUCACAUUACUAUUGCAGAGAUUUAUGAAUCCGAGCUGGUGGACAUUGAAAAGGCCAUCGCCCACUAUGAACAAUCUGCAGACUAUUACAAAGGGGAAGAAUCUAACAGCUCUGCCAACAAGUGUCUGCUGAAGGUAGCUGGAUAUGCUGCUCAGUUGGAGCAAUAUCAGAAAGCGACUGAAAUUUUUGAACAGGUUGCUACAAGUACAAUGGAUAAUCCAUUGCUCAAGCACAGUGCAAAGGACUACUUCUUUAAAGCAGCCUUAUGUCACUUUAUUGUCGAUGAGUUGAACGCAAAGCUGGCUCUUGAGAAAUAUGAAGAAAUGUUCCCAGCCUUCACAGAUUCAAGGGAAUGUAAAUUAUUGAAAAAAUUACUGGAAGCUCAUGAAGAACAAAAUAGCGAAGCAUACACUGAAGCAGUUAAAGAAUUUGAUUCAAUAUCCCGCUUGGAUCAAUGGCUCACAACCAUGUUACUCCGCAUUAAAAAGUCAAUUCAAGGAGAGACCGAUGGGGACCUAAAGUGAACUGUCUGUGCAGCGUGUGGCAUUGUGACUUGUCUGUUGAAAUAUCCUGUGUCAUGGCCAAGGAUCAUUAUGGAAUAUAUGAUCAAUGCUUUCUGCUUAAUUGACUGGUGUCUUAUUUAAUAUCCUGUUGUGGCUCAUUCAUUGUAACUGUGAACAUGAAUUUAUAUUGUUUUUCAUUUCUCAAGAGAAAAUGAAUUGAUCUUAUGCAUGUUUACUCAGAAAGGCAAGUCCCACUAAAUUCAUGGAUCUUCCUCAUAACUGAGCAUAGGGUUGUGUUUAAGUUAACUCUGAAGUAAGUUCUCAUGAAAGCCAUAUUCAAACCAGUCAGUACGCUGAUACCAAAUUAUAUUCUCAUGAUAUGAGACUCCAUACAUCCGAGAAAUAGUGUUUUUCAACAUUGUUUACUACAGGAUCAUCACAAAAGGACACUGCUUAUUGUAUAUUUUAAGAUAUUAACCAAUAUUAUGUUGUUCACAUGUGAUUUGUACUACCACAGGUAUAACACAAUAAGUCACAACACUGAAUAACACUGAGAUGGUAACCAAAAUACAAGUUGUCCUUGCAGUGCAAUCCCAAGCAUGAUUCAGUGGAACAAGGUUGUGUGAAGCUUCAGUCAUGUUUCAUAAUUAAGAAUAAGACCCAAGGGGUGGCCUCGGGAUCCAUUUCUAGCCUCCUUUCUCCCACUCCUGCAGAUGCCUUCCCUGGACAUCAGAAUUAUGUGACAGAAUAUGUCGUUGAGGGAAUCCUUAAAAUGACAUAUUGGAGCAUGGCUGUGUCAUCUGCCUACAGCACCCGUGAUUGUUGCCCAGUCAACAAUCCUGAUCUGGAGGAGGCAAUGUUUGAACAGUAAUCAGCUGGAGCAGUAGACCUCUGUUUGUUAAGUGUGGUGAGGUGACUGCGCCAACAGGGAGUCACAAAGUGACUGGGCUCCAACUUGCUGCCCAAUUCAUCCCACUGUCUGAAGUAGACUUUCACAAUGGGAUUGGAGUUAGCCUUGUAAGUCCCAUUUUGGGCAAAGAUGCUUUGGGUUGCACUAUAAAGACCAGCUUGAUCUCUAGAGGGUAU